AUGUUUUUCAGAAAAGUAUUAGAAUAUGCAGCGGAGAUCGAAGUGUGGAAAAGGAAAUAUGAAAUGCAGCAACAAACAGCAAGUAUCGAGAUUAGUGAGCCUACAAAUAAUGAAGAAGAGAUUACUGAUAUAAUGGAACAACUGAAUACUGCAGCAGAAAGAUUAACACGUUUAAAUGCUGUCAAAGAUCUAAGACUUUUGCAGGUUAAUACGGCGAAGUACUUAUCUGAUUUUGAAGCUCAAAGAUAUAUUUGCGUCCCUUUAUGA